AAACAUCGUUAUCUUAUCGCCUGCACAAAGUGAUUCCAUUGCAGAAUUAAAACUUCUUUUUCGCUAGUAUUACUUUAUUAAUCAAGCUCAGUGGUUGCAUUUUAAAUAGCAAGCAUAAAUUAUUUGACAUAUUGGUUGAAAAGGCAAUAUGAAUCUAGGCCACUGGAAUUUUCUCCUAGCUCUAAUCAGUUUACAAACGUUUUUUAACGCCUCCGCACAGAUAAGCACUGUAAAUAACAGUUCGAAGGGAUCAAACAACUCAAAUAUUUUCCAUGAAGACACAUUCAAUAGCACUUCGAUUGACGUUCUGGACGCCUCAAUACAUUCAACACUGGUUGUACCUCAAACAUAUUCGACAGAAGCUGCAACAAUAUCAGGUGCUAGGUUCGCAACCUCUGUUCCUGUUCAAAGUCCUGUAGACAACCCGUUAGAUCCGGCGGACUGUUCUCAACGGGAAAAGUACAGAAAGCAACCAGUUGCAACACCAUCGUCUCGUUUAAGAAAAUGCUGCCCACAUGGAGAAAACUUAAAUAUAUAUCGGGAAAAUCAAAGCGAUUCGAUGUGCGACAACGGGCUCUUAAGCUUCGAACCGACUAUAAUAAGUGCAGUUCUGUUCGAUAACUGCAUUGAAGAUUUGGAGGUUGAGACUACGCUCGACUACGACAUUGGAAAUCCGUGCAACAGUUCUCUUUUGUACGACGACAAAGACGAUGUUUUCUUUGUUCUGCAAGACGGUUCGUUAUUAAUCAUCGACAAAUUUGGCAACGAAUCAUACACUGUGAAGGAACAUUAUUGCUUGGAUAUUGAUAAGUCAGGACACUUGUUUGCCUUUACAUGUGUAACCCAAGUGGAAGAACAAAUUGCCUUCGCAAAAGUCGUUUUUGUUGCCGUUCUUAUGCUUAUAUCUAUGCCCUGCCUGCUAUUAGUUAGUUAUUUGCACAUGACACUUCGUUUAUUGCGUAACUUGCAUGGUCUCUCGCUAAGUUUGAUGUCUCUGUGCUUGGCGUCUGGAUACUUUGUGCACUCCGUUGUGCACAUCUAUGGGAUCCCGAACCAAGGGUUCAUUGGCUACGUCAUACAGUUUUGUAUUUUAAGUUACUUCUUCUGGUACUUGUGCAUAUGCUUCAAUGUUCUUUUGAAUGUGUGGUACAAGUUGCCUUGCUGCAUUCAAUGCUCAAAGAGUUGGGCCACCUUUAAUUUUGCGUGUUACGCUGUUUUUGCCUUUUCCGGACCGGCCACAAUAGUUGCACUAACUGUUCAAAAAGGACUCCCAGGAAUGCCGUCUUACUUUCUGCAAGGCCUAACUGAAUCCAUCCGAGAUUCCCAACGUUACUUUAUUCCUCCAGUGUCUACUAUACUUUUUCUAAGUUUUUUGCUUAACAUCAUAUCGUUCUUCGGAUUUCAACGUAUAAGCGGCUACGCCAAGGCUGAAAAAAACAUUCAGGAGCGAAAAUGCUUGUUUGACCAACAAAAAUAUGAAGAUGUUAAAAAAGACGCUAAAUGUGUCAGCUUACUUGGAAUAAUAAUGGUCGUUAGCUGGCUGCUCGAAAUAAUAACAUUUUACUCGGGAUCGAAUUCAAAUUACCUGAUACUCUGUGACAUGGUGAAUGGACUCCAGGGAGUUUGGGUACUGCUCAUUUUUCUAGUCGUGCGCAGGCGUCGCACAAUAAUAUUAAGGUGGUGGUAUGAUCGUGGUUCCCACGAAAUUGAAGGCACAGAGCUGCAAGCUCUUAGUAAUAGUCCCACAUAGAUAUAUAGAAUUAUAAUACAAUUACAUUACAUACGUUCAAAUCUGCGAUCGCCGUUAAUAUUACAUUAUUUUUUAAUUAUAUUAAAUUCUGGUUUAUUUGACCUGUAAAGAAUGAUGUGCUUAUAAGCAAAUCAAAUUGAUGAAAAGAGAAAAACAUUCGAAAAUUGCUGAACAGCUGAACCUGAUAUCCUUUAAUAGAAUAUAUGUUGUUGCGGGCCACAUUACCGAACCAUUUCCCAAACAUAUUUGUGAAAAUUUAACUUUGUGUAAAUUGUGGUUUAUUUAAACUUAUAUAAAUACUAUUAAAUAUUAAAUGUUUGCUGUCACUUAUAUGGUCAUAU